UCAAGUCAGUCACGUGACUUUCAUUCUACAGAGACAACACUCUCUUUGAUCUGUGCUACAGGAAAGACCACCGCAACAAAAAUGAAGUUUUCGAGCCUUUUUGGGCGCCUAAAAUCGAACGUCAUUGGGAUGAUUCACAUCAAAGCAUUACCAGGUUCUCCUCUGGGGUGUUUGAGAAUUUCCCAGAUCACUGAAGAGGCGUGCCGUGAGGCUGCAGUGUAUCUCGAUGCAGGAGUUGAUGGUUUGAUUGUUGAAAACAUGCACGACGUUCCUUAUUCGUUCUCCGUGGGCCCAGAGGUGUCCACCUGCAUGACCGUGGUCUGCUCUGCUGUUAGAAGCAUCUGCCCCAGGAUGCCACUAGGAGUGCAGAUACUGUCCUCCGCUAACCAGCAAGCGAUGGCUGUCGCCCUGGCUUCAGGUCUGGACUUCAUCAGAGCAGAAGGUUUUGUUUUUUCUCAUGUGGCCGAUGAGGGCCUCCUGAAUGCUUGUGCUGGUGACUUACUGAGGUACCGCAAGCAGAUUGGAGCUGAAAAUGUUCAGGUCUUCACUGACAUCAAAAAGAAGCACAGUUCCCAUGCCCUGACAUCAGACGUGACCAUCAAGGAAACAGCCCGCGCUGCUGAGUUCUUCCUCUCAGACGGACUCAUCCUCACCGGGUCAGCGACCGGGCAGCAGCCCGAUCCUCAGGAGCUCACAGAAGUGUCUCAUUCGGUGGGAAUCCCAGUGCUGAUCGGGUCCGGAGUGACGUAUGACAACGUUGAGAGUUACCUGGAUGCAAGUGGAAUGAUCAUUGGUUCCCACUUUAAGCAAGGGGGCCACUGGGCCAACGCCUUGGACCCAGAGAGGGUGGGGAAGUUCAUGGGAAAGAUACGAGACCUUCGUCCAUGAAGAGGAUGUGUUCCUGUCACCAUCAUCAUCUGUGUCAGCACAAUUGACUACAGCAGCCAAAAUAGAAAAACAUCCACAUUUUAUUCAUGUUUUUGUGCUUUUUACAAAUACAUGUAUAGAAAAUCACAUGAAAAACACACGUUUACAUUUAAGAACACUGCAUAUCUUUAUUUAGCAUGAAGACAAGCUGGAAACGAGCCACUGCUCAAAGGCCCUGAGUUCAGAUUUAAUCCAGCUUCAAUGUUUGCAACAUCAUCAUCAACUGUAACCACCAAAGCAACCCAAGAAUAAACGUUCAACAACUCGCCCACA